GUGGGAUUGUGUGAAUGUGGACAAUCGACCGGAAGAUUCACACGUGAUAACUCCUUACGAUCACGUGGAACUUUCUGGAUUCUUCCAUCACCCUCUCCACUUGACUGCAAGGCAUUUAAAGAGUCGGGCGCGCACUUUGAGCGCCUCCCACUUUCUUACUUUCCAUGUCUCGAGUGCUUUUUCAAUCUUCUCGUCUUCGAGCACGGGUCUUUUCCCGUGUUGGAUUGCCCACACCUGCACUACGCGCUGUCCGACCUGUGCCACAACCGGUCUUGCGCGGGCUUCCUUCAGCAUAUGCCUCGAUUUCGAGGCGAAAUUACUCGCAGGGCCCGGUGGGUGGUGGAGGAGGGAGCAAUCCGUUUUCUUUCAAGAUGGGGCCCCAGCAUGCCAAGGGCGAUGCUCUGAAGGAAUACAGUGUUGACCUCACAGAGUUGGCGAGGGAUGGAAAGCUGGACCCUACCAUCGGAAGGGAUGAAGAGAUCCGAAGGACCAUUCAGAUCCUUUCUCGGCGGACCAAGUCGAAUCCGGUCCUCAUUGGCCCCCCUGGUGUAGGGAAGACAGCCAUUCUCGAAGGUCUAGCGAGUCGAAUAGUUAGUAAGGAGGUUCCAGAGUCUCUACAUAACAAACGCGUUCUCUCGAUCGACCUGUCUGGUAUCAUGGCGGGCUCUGGCAUCCGGGGACAAUUCGAAGAGAAGUUCCGCAAUCUGCUCUCGGACAUCGAAGCCGAGGAAGGCAACGUCAUUUGCUUCAUAGAUGAAGUGCACACCCUCUUCAAUCUCGGCAAGACGGAGGGGAGCAUUGAUGGCGGACAAAUGAUCAAACCUGCUUUGGCUCGCGGUCUGCAACUCGUUGGCGCCACAACCCCUGACGAAUACCGGAAGACUAUCGGAAAGGAUGCUGCACUGGAACGUCGCUUCCAGCCAGUGCAGAUAGAAGAACCUACCGUCGAAUCGACCAUCUCCAUCCUGCGCGGGCUGAAGCCUCGUUACGAAGUCCACCACGGAGUCGAGAUAUCCGAUGCUGCGUUGGUGACGGCCGCGGUCUACGGCGCGCGUUACGUGUCAGAAAGAUUCUUGCCGGACAAGGCUAUUGACCUGGUCGAUGAGGCCGCUUCGUCACUUCGGCUUGCGCAAGAGUCUAAGCCAGACGAGCUAGAGACCUUGGAGAGGGCGAUCAUGACACUUCAGAUCGAGUUGGAGAGUCUCAAGAAAGAGUCGGACGUGUUCAGUGUCGAGCGCAGGAGUGCAGUCGAGGAGGAGAUCAAGACGAAGCGCCAGUCUGCUGCUGAGGUGGAGAGGAUCUGGCAGGCAGAACGCGCUCGACUGAACCGCACAAAGGAGCUGAAGCGGGAGAUCGAGCAAGCCAAGCACCAGCUGGACGUCGCUCAGCGUCUCGGUGACUAUGAGAAAGCCAGCCGACUGCGUUUCUCGUCAAUCCCCGAGCUUGAGCGGCAGCUGCCGCCGGAGGAAAGUGAGGCGAAGGAGGAGGGAUCGUCGAUGUUGCAUGAGCGGGUCACAUCCAACGAUAUCGCGCGUGUGGUUGCUCGUGCGACUGGGAUUCCAGUGCAGAAUCUCAUGAAGGGCGAGCGAGACAAGCUUGUGAAUAUGGAAGACGCUCUCAGAGGGCGAGUCGUUGGCCAGGACGAUGCUGUGACUGCAAUCAGCGACGCAGUCCGGAUCUCUCGGGCGGGACUGCAGGCUCCGAACCGACCAGUCGCCUCUUUCCUGCUGCUCGGGCCGACAGGUGUAGGCAAGACAGAGUUGUGUAAAACGCUCGCUGGAUUCCUCUUCAAUGACGAGAAACGGGGCUUGAUCAACAUCAAUAUGUCCGAGUUCCACGACCGACACACCAUCUCGCGACUGAUCGGCGCAGCACCCGGAUAUGUCGGAUUCGAGGAGGGUGGACAAUUGACCGAGGCAGUGCGGAGGAAACCCUAUGCCGUGAUUCUGCUCGAUGAACUGGAGAAGGCACACAAGGACGUGGCGAUGGUCUUGCUGCAGAUUCUGGACGAGGGCAGUCUGACAGACAGCCAGGGCAGAAAAGUGGACUUCAAGGUGGGCCGCCGCUGCCUUUUGCUGAAGCGUCCUUUGCUCAAUCGCUCUAGAACACAAUCAUCUGUCUGACAAGCAAUCUGGGAAGCAACGUGCUCAGCAACCCGGAGGCGUGCGAUGCGGAUGGGGUGGUCACGCCCGCAGCUAAGCAGGAAGUGCUCGACAUCACAUCGGAGUACUUCCCCCCGGAACUGCUGAACCGGCUGGACACGAUGCUCGUCUUCAACAAGCUGUCUCGGGAAUCGAUUCUGCAGAUUGUCGGCCUGCGGCUGAAGGACGUCGCUGAUCGACUGGCGAGUCGCCGUAUAACGGUUGACGUCGACGACGCAGCGAAAUUGUGGCUAGCGGAGCACGGGUACUCCAACGUAUACGGCGCUCGGGCGAUCGCGCGGGUUGUGAGGACAGACGUCCUGUUCCCGCUCGCGCAGAGGUUGCUGCGCGGAACGGUCAGAGAGGGGGACACGGUCGAGAUCCGCGUGUCUGAUGACGGGAGUAGUCUUGUGGUUGGGGAGAAUCAUGCACCAGAUCCGUCUGCGGCGUCGAGUGAAUUGCACGAUAAUCUGAACAGACAGGAGGAGGAGGUGUAGAAUAGACUUGUAUUCACAGAUGUAGCUUGAUGUCUAACAACCUCCCUGCUCAUGAUCAUGCGGCACUGGAUUCUGAGACCGAGCCGUCGGAUGGGCGCAGCUUGAAC